AUGGCCGACCCACGAUUGAACCGCGUCGAGGGCACCUUGACCUCCCUCCUCGAAAGCCUCGUUCCGGCACUCUCCCCCGACCAAGACGAUACUGAUACCGAAUUUCGCAUUGACCGCGCCAUUCGGAAUGCAAAAGAGGCCGUCCUCGGUGCAGACGGCAGACUCCCGCCAGAUACCAACCAGGCACAAGAUUUGAUCAAGCGGAAGUUGUUACGAGAGAAUGCCUCUCCAGAGAAAGCGGCCAGGUUCAGCAAUCUUUACUCCAGACUUCUUGCCAUUCCCGUCCUGAACCAAAAAUGGGCCAUCCUGUACCUCCUCUACAAGUUGUCGGACAAGUCCAUCCCGGAUGUGCGGCCUCGAAACCCCCUCGCAGACUCGGAGCAAUUCGCAAACAUUCCGCGCCGGCAUACCUUGUCCCCGGAGACCACAUUUACCGCAGAGGAAGAGCUAGAAGAUGACGAUGAGGAGGAAGAGGCGGAUCCGCAGCCACCGAAAGUGUCAAUACGCACGCGCCGUGCCUUUUCAACCAGAUCCAGAAAGGCGAAUGAGCAAGUUGAAAUUCCCGCCGAAGAGGAGGAGGAGGAUCAGGGACAGACUGAAGAGCCUAAGCAACAGAAGCCCGUUGCGCAGAAGUCGGAGGCACGAGUCAUUUAUCCAUCAGAAUUGGACCUUCUGCGGGAUUUGCCCUUCAAUCUCCAAGGCGUGUCAUCUGCGCACCUUCAGUUCGCGGACAAUGGCUCGCUCAAACUGCCACCAAGCCUGCCGGUUCCAAUUAUUUCUCUUCUCCACGCACUUGCAGAGCCUUGUCUGCUCUAUCGAGGACUGGCAGAGUAUGCUGCAGGUCAGGAUGGAGGACUCAUUGAUCAGAGCCUUCGUUCUGCCAUCAACAACGAAUUACGCUCCUAUUUGAGUCUUGUCGCCUCGCUUGAAACGGAGGUCCGACAGGCCUUAGCCACUGUCCAGAAUGCCCAGGACCCCAAAGCGGUCCGCCUAACUGGUGUCACUUUGAAGCGAUGUCUGAUCUGGACAAGAGAGGCAACCAUGGCUCUUCGACUGAUGAAGCUGAUUGUCGAGGACUCGAGGCAAAAGCGAGGAGGGCAAGUCUUGUCCCUUAUACACAACCUGUCCUCCUCCCAUGGCGACCCCUUUGUGGCAUCAUUUGCGGAAAAGCUUCUUACACAUGUUGCACGUCCAUUCUAUGAGAUGCUCAGGCAUUGGAUUUAUGACGGUGAAUUAAUUGACCCAUACCACGAAUUCUUCAUAACAGAGCCAGAUCCUACUGCACAACCCCCGGUGGAUCAUCGACACGUAGCAACAUCUGUGUGGGAAGAGAAGUACAAAGUCGACUCGGGUAUGGUACCUUCGAUCAUAUCCUCCGAGUUUGCCAAAAAGGUCUUCCUGAUUGGGAAAUCCCUCAACUUCAUUCGCAACAACUGCGGCGAUUCUGACUGGGUCAUCAAAUAUUCCAAAUCAAACUCGAGGUCGCUGGACUAUGCAAAUACUGCCAAUCUCGCACAAUCAAUCGAUGUGGCUUACCGAACGACCAUGUCGCGAUUGACCCACCUGAUGUCGACGAAAUUUGGCCUAUUCACACACUUGACGGCGAUCAAGAAGUACAUGUUGCUAGCCCAGGGUGACUUCUUUGAUCUCCUCAUCGAGUCGUUGGCUCAACAUCUUGAUCGCCCUGUGAAUUCAAUGUACCGACACAACCUAACAUCACAACUCGAACAUGCCAUACGACACUCCAACGCCCAAUAUGACGACGCCGAGGUCUUGCGACGGUUGGAUGCCCGAAUGCUUGAAUUAUCGAGUGGGGAAAUCGGCUGGGAUUGUUUCACUCUCGAAUACAAAAUCAGUGCCCCCUGUGAUGUUGUCAUCACUCAAUGGGCUAACACACAGUACCUCAAGAUAUUCAACCUGCUCUGGAGAAUCAAAAGGGUCGAGUACUCUCUCAGCUCGACCUGUAAACGAUGCAUGACGGGCGGCCGGGGAGUCCUUGCUGCUGUGAGUGACAAAUUGGGCAACGAUUGGAAACGGUCAAGAUGUGUUGUUGCAGAAAUGGUCCAUUUUGUCAAUCAGCUACAAUAUUACCUUCUAUUUGAGGUCAUUGAGGCCAGUUGGAAAAAGCUCGAAGAGGCUCUACACAAGCCCGAAGCCACCCUUGACGACUUGAUCGAAGCUCACACAAAUUACCUGAACAACAUUACGAAAAAGGGCCUGAUUGGGCAGCAAAGACACCCGGUAACAGGCCAGCAAGAGGACAGCCUUAUUGUCCAAGUCCACCACAUCCUAAAAUGCAUGCUUGCCUAUCGAGAAGUUAUCGACUCGCUCUACUCGUACAGUGUUGCCGAGUACACUCGACGGCAACAAUUUAGUGCGAAAAUAGAACGGCGAACUGCUCAAGGGAAAUGGGGGAUCACCGAGAAGGAUCUCCUCGGGGAUUCGAGAGCAAGCACACCCAGUUCUGUAGCAGCCGCAGGAGCUUUCAGGACCAAUCAUCUACUUUUGGAAGAGAAUGAUUCCUCACUUGCUCCACCAAGUGAGAACAUACACGUUACCGACGACGAGACGCAGCUGAAUUCCUUGAGGGCCCGACAGCUGAAUUUGUCGGCCGAUUUUCGGUCGCGGCUCAGUAUGUUAUUAUAUGAUUUGGCUCACCAACCGGAUGUUGAUCUGAGGUUUUUGGGGGUUGUCAUGAAUUUUAACGAGGUCUACCAACCCGUGAACAUUCGACGGCAACACGCUAGACGGGCUCGAGAGAAACGAGAGCUGGAGCGAAAGGCCCGUGAAGCCACUGCCUCUUCCGAGGGCAAUAUCUCCCUGGAAAAGGACUUGAACAGCUCCACAUCGAAGUCGUGA